GGAGGAGGAGCGGGAGCCGGCGUGCGGAGUCUCCCGCAGCCUCAUCGCUGGGCCCCGCCGGCGCUCCCAUGCCCGUGUGGUGCUGCCGCUGCUCCCUGGCCGGUCACUUCAGGGCAUAAAGGGAUCACUUCACAAGGAUCCAUCCUCACACAACUGCCAGCUUUAACCAGCCUCACUUCUCUCUGAAUGGAAAUUUGUUGAGAACUUACAGCAGCACUGAAACCGAAGGACAGCUUUUGGAUUCCUUUGUUCAGUACUUUGGUGAUAGCCUUGGGAGGAAGAUUAAAAGAAUGCCUUUAAUUGAAGAAACUGUUCUGCCUGGGGACUCCCUUCUUACUCUUCCAGUAGUAAUAAUAGGAAAUGGACCUUCAGGAAUUUGCCUUUCUUACCUGCUCUCUGGAUACAGGCCUUAUUUGUCUCCUGAAGCUAUACAUCCAAACCCCAUCUUACAUACAAAAUUAGAAGAAGCUCGACAUCUUUCCAUUGUUGACCAAGAUCUGGAGUAUCUGUCAGAAGGCCUGGAAGGACGCUCCUCAAACCCAGUUGCAGUGCUUUUUGAUACGUUGCUUCACCCUGAUGCUGACUUUGGCUAUGACUACCCACCUGUUCUGCACUGGAAGUUAGAACAACAUAAUUAUAUUCCCCACAUAGUGCUUGGGAAAGGACCACCUGGUGGGGCUUGGCAUUCCAUGGAGGGCUCUAUGCUAACCAUCAGCUUUGGAGACUGGAUGGAAUUGCCUGGCCUCAGCUUUAAGGAGUGGGCAGCUAGCAAACGCAGAAAUAUAAAGAGUGAUCGAGUAAUGCCAGAGGAAAUAGCUUGUUAUUAUAAACACUAUGUUAAAGUCAUGGGCCUCCAAAAGAAUUUCAGAGACAAUGUUUACAUAACAUCAGUAUCCAGGCUUUACCGAGAAAAGGAUGAUGAAGAUAGAAGUCACCAAAAUGAAGAUAUUAAAACACAGCAUUCGGAAAUUGAAGAUGGACAGAAAUCACUUAUUAAGAGAAACUGGGAAGUCAGAGGUUAUCAGCGAGCAACAGAUGGCUCUCAUGUGCCCUUCUGCCUCUUUGCUGAGAAUGUGGCUCUUGCAACUGGAACCUUUGAUUCUCCUGGCCGACUGCAAGUUGAGGGAGAAGACUUUCCUUUUGUCCUCCAUUCCAUGUCUGACUUCGGAGCUGCAAUCAGCAAAGGAAAGUUACGUGGGAAGGCAGACCCUGUGUUGAUUGUGGGUGCUGGACUAACAGCAGCUGAUGCAGUACUAUGUGCCUAUAACAACAACAUCCCAGUAGUCCAUGUGUUUCGUAGAAGAGUUACUGACACAAGCCUAAUUUUCAAACAGUUACCUAAAAAGCUUUACCCUGAAUACCAUAAGGUCUAUCAUAUGAUGUGUACUCAGUCUCAUACCAUGGACUCUAAUCAACAUUCUGCUUACACUAGUUUCCCUGAACACAAUGUACUUUCCUUCAAGCCUGAGAUGAAAUGUGUUCUUCAGAGUGCCUCUGGACUGAAGAAAAUCUUGAAGUUUUCUGUAGCUUUAGUUCUGAUAGGUUCUCACCCAAAUCUUUUCUUUUUAAAGGACCAAGGACAUAGCAUAGGUCAUCACUCUAAUCAGCCCAUCACAUGCAAGGGGAAUCCUAUAGAGAUUGAUCCAUAUACUUAUGAAUGCACUAAAGAAGCCAACCUCUUUGCUUUAGGGCCUCUGGUGGGAGACAACUUUGUACGGUUUUUAAAAGGAGGUGCACUGGGCAUUGCACGGUGCUUGGCAAUAAGACAAAAGAAGAAACAUGAAUUGAUUGAAAGUGGGGAUGGAGGAGGUGAUGGGGUACCAUAAACGAGACAUUAGAAACUCUCACUCCAGGAUUACAAAUGUAGUCUUAACAGAAAACUCACUGGCAGCAAAAGUUGAUAGCAGUCAUAUUUCUGUUGUGUACAAGUAACUUGCGCUUGUAUUGCUUGGUAAAGGAUGCUGAUAUUACGAUACUUCACUCUUUAAAACAUAAAAAAAUGAUCUGCUAUUUCAACUGAUCUCAACUGGAAUUGCUUCCAGAUAAACAGAAAAUGAGACUAACUUCUCUUGGCCUGCCUGUCUGUCAUCUCUUGCUCAAUUACAAGAGCAGACUUCAUCUGUGAAAGGCAAUACCUACCAGAGUGGUUUUACAUUUUCAUGUCAAAUGCGACAAGAAUACUCUUACCAUGAAAUUGAAAUAACUUCUAAAAGCAGAAAUCUUGUUUAGUACAAAGCGAUUCUUUGUCCCAAAGCAAAUUUGGAGCCUUCUGCUUGAAACAAAGAUUUUAAUUAUUUGUCACAGUAAUACUUGGAAUGAGCACUUAGUAAAGUGGUUUCUUCUAUAAGAAGGACUUCUGUAAGCAAGAAGUAUCCCUCAAGUUUUAAAUUAUCCUGGUAAUUGGAAUAGAAGAAUAAGCUUUCCCAUUUAGUCUUUACUGAUUUGACACAAUCCAUUAAUGUUUCUUCACACUAUGCCUAGACUUGGGUGAGUGCACAAAGACUAACAUGAGGUUUUCCCCUACAGUGAUAUGUAAAUUUCUGAAAAAAUGCAUUAACAUAAACAAUAAAGUACUGAUGUAAGUGCUCUUAUUACAGUGUCAAUAUCAUGAAUAUCUAGUGUACUACUGAAAAAUUAGGUACAUGAGAAAAUUAAGGGGUUUUUGCUUCCAAGCUCAGGAAGACUGAAUGGGAUCACUUGGCUGAUGAAGGUGGGGUGGGUGAUAGAUAUUCUCAUCUCCCAUUUGACCAAAAAUUGGUUCCCUUUUUUCUUCUAGAGCAGCACAUGAUAGUAAAAUAUUUUAGCCUGCAGUUUUUGAAACUUAAGAACGGCUUAUAUCUUACAGACACCUAAAAAACAAACCAAUCUCAAAACUAAUAUGCAAUAGUUCCUUUAAAUCUUAAAACUUUUAAUGAAAGACAAAGACUUAACUUGUACCUACCUCUGAAUCCAAGUUUCAUCUUUCUGCUCCAUAAUGUAGACCUAGAUAUCAUUUGCUGUGUUUUGCAUUAGUUAGUUCAACUAAACACACUAGUAGGAUAUUUACCAGCAUGAGGUUAAGUUAGGAAAGUGAAUUCCCAGAACUCCCAAUAGACAAGUGAUUGGCUUUAACUGUUUCUUUACCAAAUGUUUUAAUUCGGGUCCAAUAUGAUGGAAAAAGUGUAAUUUUUCAGUUUGGGGUUUUUUGUGUUAAAGAAUGCUGUGUUAGUUUCAAAUAUUCUGUUUGUGUGAUUAAAAAUCUCCAUAUUGAACUUCAGCAGAUUUUAAAAAGGAAGUCAGGCUUUGUGCAACUGAUAGUGGUUGCUGGUUUCCCAGCUGUCUUAACUUUCAUAAAUGGUAGAUAGCUGUAUUCAAUAAAUGCCUGUUUUCUCUGCCUACUGAA